AUGGCCCAAUGCUCAGCAGGCUGCGGCGAAGAGCCGUCAGUGUCGAGUAUGUGCUCUCAGCCGCCACUUGUUGCUGUGGAUUUGACAAUUUGCACCGCGGACCAGAACAACGAGCAAAACGACAAUGCGUCAUUUCACACCGAUCAGCAGAUGGCGACGCAAAACGAAGACGAAGUACCACACGUGCCAGGGAAAAGAGCGAGCGUGCAGACACCUCCAGUACCAGCGCCAGCAGGAGGACAACCAGGACUUGCGACGCAGCCGUCCGAGGAAUUAGCAGAGCAUGCGACUGCACCCAAUUCGGGUCUCUCACGGGAUGCAUCGAACGGCGACAGUCAAGAGCAAACACCGCAGACUCAAACACCGACUGACACCAAACAGAGUUUGCUCGUGUUGCAGGGAUUGUCAGAAGGUGUUCAAGAGAACCAGAAUAAUAUGGAAGAUGGGAAAAAAAGAAAUCAGGUAGAUUCGAGCGGCAACAUGCGCAAUAAAGAGCAUGACUCUGCAACUGAAACGCCUGAAUUAUUGACCGCUUCAAUCAACACUCGUCCUUCUGGAGCUCCGGGAAAUGAAUCCGAUACAAAGUCGCUUUCUGGAACUUUGCGAUCGUCCACGGCUGGUACAGAAGAACAGGCAAAAGCAGGGCCAAUGCCCCUGCGACAGCCAAAACCACCGGAAGAAAAAGUAAUAUCCGAGGAAUUGCCGCCAACAGCAGCAGAAGUAGAGGCACCAGGAGGUCCAUCAGCACCGCCACCGAAAUCACUGCCACAGAGCGCACUGCCAUCCUCAAAGGAAGUCCCAGAUACCACGCAGUCAACUGAAGAUCCGCACACAAAAGGCAUUGAGCCAACAACAGAUGCAAGGCAGAAUGCAAUAACUGAGGGUCAGGCUGAAACAACCUCACCAUCUUCUCCUGCGGAUGAUGCUGCCGCCAAUGACGCUGACGAAAGCAAUGCAGAGAUUGCAAACGAUGGUUCAGCAGUUCAUGCCGGGGUGCCGGAGGAAGAACCACAUCAAGAACAAGUGGAUGGCAGCGAGAAACAAACAUCAUUUACAUCCACUGCCAAAAAAUAUAAUGCAACGAUUGAAGACAAUGACGGCAGCACCGCGGUCUCCCACACCACCUCCCCUCUUUUGCUUCUUCUUGUUGUUGUGUGUGCGGCUGCGGCUGCGGUGGUGGCCGCAUGA